AGCAUGGAUGGGAUGCAGAGAGACGAAGAGCCAGAUAACAGACAGAUGCGUAUGUAUGGGUGGGCAGCUGGCAGGCUGUCAGGUCAGCAAAAUAGCCAGCCGCUAUGCAUACCCCGUGUGUGUGCCCGUGUGUGUGUCCGUGUGUGUGUGUGUGUGUGUGUUGUGUGUCUGUCCGUCCGUACCACAGAAACCCAGACAGACGAAAGGGCAGGAAAGCGGAGAGAAAGACACACACAGCACAGAGACGGAGGGAGGGAGAGACUGGACUUCAAACAACACAACACAACACAACACUCCAUCACACGCACCUAGCAACACUCCCAACACGUCCAUCCUUCUCAGCCACACUCUGUGUGUGUGUGUGUGUGUGCUAUGCUCGCCGCUGUGUGAACUGCGUCCCACUGAAUGCCCCACCACCAGUGCUGCUGCCGCUGCCCUGCUGCCCGCCGAAGAAGCCCUGUGUGGGGCUGCUCGCCAACGCGCCAAACCCACCCCCACCGCCCGUCGAGUAGGCCGCAAACCCACCGCCUCCACCACCACCAAACUGAUGCACACACACACACCACACAGUGAGGGCAAGCGAUUUGGUUCGUGGUCUGAUGGAUGGAUGGAUGGUUGCCUGAAUCGUGUUGAGUGUGUCCCGUCCGUCCGUAUCUCACUCAACUAACUCACCGCUGGAGUGGUCUGUUGACCAGCACCCGUCGCUGCUCCACCUCCGAAGGCCCCCGACCCGAACCCAAAACCGCUGGACGUCUGGCCGAAGGUGUGGAGGGGCAGAUGGGAUGGCGCACCCUGACCGCCGCUGCCAGCGGGCGUCACAACCCCCAGCUGGCCCAACAGACCACCACCACCACCAGCUGCGCCGCCCCCUCCCCCGGUGCUGGUGGAGCUGAAGUUGAAUGUGAACCCCCCGCCGGCCCCUGUGGCAGGGGUGGAUGGUGUGAUGGUCUGCAUGACGGGGGGCGCCGCGAUGGACGACAAGCCACUACUGAUGGCCGUGGUCGUAGUGGUGCCGGCUGCCGACGGGAAGACUAGGGCCGCGGCCGGUGGCGACGUAGUGGAUAGAGAUAGUGACGCCAGGCCUUCAGUGGCCGCUGCUGCUGCUGCUGCUGCGGUGCUCGUCGGCUGUGCAGACGGGAACAGUGGCGCGGGAGGGAGAGGGGCAGCUGCGGCGACUGGCGCUGCCGCGGGUGGUGGUGCAGCUACUUUUGCCAUGGUAGUCGGCGACUUGGACCUCACCGAUCGGCCCAUCCUGUCCCUUUCCUCUCCUUCGUCGCUGUCUUCAGUGGCAGCGCCUUGAUCGCGUCCACGCACGGUGCCCUCGGCUACGACAGGAGGCUGUGGGAUGGGCGGAGGGGGCAGCGGUGCUGGGGGCACCGCGGCUGCCGCACCGCCACCGCCACGGCCAAAUGUCGGCGGUGUCUCCUGUGGUGCAGCCUCUGCCGGUAUCGAAGCCCUCUGCUCCCGCGGCCGUGGCGGCGUUGGGCUGGGUGCCGGGGGUGAAAGGAGAGAGGGCGGCUGCUUGGAGAAGGCUGUUGGCCUCUGCUGCUGCUGCUGUGCCGUCGUGACGGGUGUCUCGAUCCUCGAUAGGUCUGGGGGUAGGCUGGCGCGGCGUGUCCCGGCGGCCUUGGGCAGCUGAAUGGGGUCGGGCAUGCGGAAGCCGUCCGCGUCGACGUCCGUCGGGGGGCCGCUGCCGCCCAUCGAUGGCACCGAUGGCACCACCCGACCAGUGGACGGGGGACGCUGCGCUGCGGUCACUUGCCUGAGAGAGAAGCGCAGCACACAGCGGGUCGGUUGUGCAUGAGUGCGCGUGUACGGGCAUACUCACUCGUCCGUGUCCGGGCGACGUGGCCUGGUGGUUGCUUUGGGUGGGGGCGGGCCUCUGCCGGGUGGCAUCUGGGGGACUGGUGUGCGGACACCACUGGGGGGGCCACGACUGGCUCGGGACGGGACACCUACACCUGCGCACAGACCAGGCCAGACAAUAGAACACACAGAAGGGCGGAUGGGAUGACAUGAGCGGCAGAUGGCUGGCUGGCUGGAUGGACCUACCUGGGAGUGCCGGAACGGCCAGGUGUGGCGCUGUCUGCGGGAUCUGCUGUUGGGCCUCCCGAUCUCGCUGCUCCCUCCGCAUGUAAGACAGGGCACUCUCAACUGCAGGGCCGCCAACUGCCGCACGGGCAGGCGCGAUGACCGGCUCAGCCCUGGUCCAGACACACACAUACACGCACAUCCCAUCCACCCCCCCUCGUGUCUGUCGUGUGGUGUGCAUGUGACUGGGCUGGCUCGUCCAUCGCUCACUUGAUGGGUGUUGCUUGUGUCGGCCUCGUUGCCCAGAUCUGCUCCACACGCCUCGCGAUCUCAGCACGGUGGGCUGCGGGCACAUGGCGAGGCGGUCGCUGGUCGGGCGGCUGCCCCUCCCGUCGACUCGCCGGGCCAGCCCUGUCUGUUGAGUGACGGCGCCUGGAUGGGCCUCCCUGCAAUCGCAACAGCCUGACGCGCUCCUCAAGGGUCGCCAGAAACUUUUCGGUCUUGUCGUACUCGUGCCUUAUGGACCUUGCAUGGCAGGUGGUGUGGACAGGGAGGGACACGAAGCGAGAUCACGACCGUGGGCUGUGCUGUGCGUGGGGGUAGUGUGGUGGGGUGUGGUGUGGUGUGGUCAUAUGGUAUGGUGUGAUACUAUGCUGUGCCUACUCGACAUCUUGCUUGAGGUGCUCCUCAUCGAGUUCGGGUGUGCGGCUGUGGCGGAAGUCAGGACGGCGGGGCGCAGGAGGGGGGCUGCACAGCACACACCACCACACACCACCGACAGACACGUGUCGUGUUGGUGUGGUGCUUCCUUGCCAAUCACUCAAUGUAGAUGCGGUGGUCGUCUGCAUGUCAUGUCCAGGUUUUGUUUGUAUGUCGCUCACCUGGUGGGUCGGUCGUGCGCCGGUGGUGUGGAGAAUGGGUGUCUUGAGACCAGCUGCGAGCCGCCCCUGCCGCGGCCGGGCAGGCGACUCAGCCUGUCCCGGUGAGCCGACGCACUGCAGCCAUCCCAUCCCAUCCACGACAGACAGACAGACAGACAACCCAGCGGCAGCCAGACGUGAGCACACACCAGGGUGGAUGGAUGGAUCAUAUUUCAACCCACCGUACGUACCGUUGGGCCAGGUGCAUCCUCUCCAGUGCCGUCCGUGCGCCCUCGACCCCCUCCCUGUCCUCCCUGGGCUGGUUGAGCAGGGUGCUCCAGCCACCGAUACCGAACCGAUCAGCCCCCGUCUCGGGCCUCUUGGUCCGUGGCCCUCUCUCAGCCGUCAGGGGUGCGGUGCGCUUGUGGCUGUCCGGUGGGCGAGGCGGUGAGGGGCCGCGCUGUGAUGCGUGGCGGAUGGUGUCGCGGAUGUCACGAUUGACCCUUUUGGCACGCGCAGAGAUGUCGAGGGCUUGAUGGACCAGCCUGACACGACACACACAGACAAGACAGACAAGACAGGCAGACAGACAGACAGGUGAUUGGGAGUGAAUGGUGCUUGGUGUUCUCUGUGUGUGUGUGUGUGGUUGUGUGUGUGUGGUUGUGUGUGCCGCCUGACUGACUCGUGGACUUCGGGUGACGCAAGUUUGACAGUGUCGUUGGAGAGCCAUGUGGCCGCUUCCGCCUCGGCAUGCACCGGAGGGGAAACACACUGAUAGCGGCACACAAGACAACACAACGCCAUUCAUUGCAUGUCAUCCCUCCCUCCCUCCCUCCCUCAUCCAUCCAUCCAUUUCUGUCUUGUUCCCUCCCCCCCUUGCGUGUGCCUACCGUACCGCUCUGUACAAAUGCUGGAUUAUGCGGGCCAUUUUCUCGUAUUCGGCCAUCUGCUCGAAUCGACGACAGAGGGGCACCGAGGUAGAGCUGCCAUCGCCGUCAGCAGGCAGCUCCCUCUCGGCCUCACUCAGCGCCAGACGGGCCGCAUCGUGCUCCUCUGAACGGGCCAGACAGACAGAUACACAGAUGGGUGGACGGUGUGGUGGUGGUGGUGUGGCGGUAUGUGGCUCACCCUACCCUGUCUCAGUUUGAUUUGCUCGAGCAUAUCCUUCACUUGCUGUGCCUGUGCCUGGCUGAGGACCACUUGUUCGUCCUCAAUCUGCCUGACGCGCCUCUCGAAGCCGCGACACUGAUAGAACACCUCGGCGGUCAUCUUGGUCUGACACGUCAAAACACACACACACAUGUCAUGUCAGGUGUUGCUUUGCUUCCAUGACCAAUAUAAUCCUCCCCUCUCCUUAAAAUGCUGACCGCGAUGCCCCUGCCCAUGGAGCGUUCAGCCUUAGCCUGGAACAGCUCCUCGGCCUCGUCCAUGAGCCGCAUCGUCCUCUCACGCCCCUCACGCACACGAUCCUGAUCCUGAUCUUGUUCUUGUUCCACCAUCCACUCCACCGCACGGACCUCCUCGCCCUCCUCCUCUUCAAGUAAUGUCUCGUCGGCCUCCAUCGGCUCCUCAGGCGCAUACAGAUAGCCAUAGCCUAAACCCUCCUGGCCUCGGUCAGCCUCUGGCGUGGUCUCGCUGGCGUCCGGUGAGGGCGACUGGAUGGGGAGGGGGGAGGGGAAGGGAUACACGGACGGCGGGGGCAGACUGGGCGCUGCCCUGCUGGGGGGCGUCUGGAACAUGCCACCCUGCUGCUGCUGGUCGGCCCCGGCCGACUGACGUGGCCGCAGAGGGAAGGCACCUGCUCCUGCGGCUGCUGGUGCCGCUGCUGCUGUAAUGGUGAAGAGCGGUGGAAAUGGCGCCGCCGGCUGCGGGGGCGGGGGGGACAGUGGGGAGAGUGGAGAGGCAGUGGACAGCCCCCCGUUGCUGCGUUGAGUCGGAGGAGCCAUCACCGCACCGCCAGACAUCGGCGGCGGAGCCGCGAAGGGCACUGGCGCUGACACAAAGGCACGCAACACACACACAAACAGACAGACAGGGCAAUCAUGAUCGGUCAGCCGGAGUCUUACACACGUGUCUGUCUGAUUCCACCCUCCCGCCCAGCCUCUCACCCCUUUCACCUUGAAGAUUGGCCUGUAAGGGUCCUGCGGGUGAGCCUUCCCGGCUGUCGGCCAGCUCAGUGCCGCUCUCCUCUGGCGACUCGGGCGGCUGUCGCAGGGGGGAGCCACCGGGGGCACUGGCCGACAUCGAUGGUGGCCCUGAUGUGAUGCAUGACGGCGAGGGCGGCAGGGGGGCCUCCCAUGUGUCGCUGCACAGCUGCGGCAUGUUCUGGUAGUUGAGUAUCUUGGCCGUGAGGUUGCCCGCCGUGGACGAGAGCAGCAGUAUGGGGGGGCGGUCCACAGUGACGGGACCUCUGGUGUAGCUGCCCUCGUACCCGAAAUACGCACACGCACCUGACCUCCCAUCCCAUCACCACACACAGAUUCCAUGCACAGCUCAGAUCGAUUUGGAUGUGAUGCCUGAAUGGAAUGCACGCUCUGUGUCUGGUGUGGUUGCUUUACCGCUCCAGCCGGCUUGGUCGUCGGUGCCGACGUUGACCGACAGAACGGGGCCCUGCCCGCUGCGGGUGAUGACCCACUCGGAUGGGGCCACAUCAGUGUCCUGCUGGCCGUCCGGCGGCAUAGCGAACUGUUGGUCCCGCGACAGUGUCAGGCCCUGGUCACCCUUGCUCGUUGACACCAGCAGCAAACCACUGUCAACACAGAUGGAUGGACGGAUGCAUGGGCAGUGAAUGGGUGAGUUGGUGUGUACUUGUGUGCUGUGUGUGUUGGGCGGGCGGGGCGCUGGGUGCUCUCAUCCACCACUCACUCACCAUUGUGGCAUGAAGUGGAAGAUGGCGCGGUCUGUGAGGCUCCACGAGUCCACAUAAACCUGCUCAAACGGACCAUGAGACCGAUCGACAGACGACGUCCACCUAGUAUAGUAGUGUUAGUGUGCUGUGCCCAGCCUUACGCACGCACCUCGUUGACGUCAGACCUGCCCACCCACUGGAUGCUGCCGUCGCCCGCCAUCACGCGAAACAUGAUCUGAAUGAAGGAAGCCACACAGGACAGGAAGGCCGAUCCGAUGGAUCAUCUGGACAUCUUUUGGUUCCAUGCUCCCUCCCUCCCUCCCUCCCUCCAUCCCUCCAUCCAAGGUUGUCUUUACGAUGUAUGUGUCCAGUGGCGCCGAAUCGUCCGUCGGGUCGGCGCCUGGAGCAGGGCCAAGCCACACGGCCGCCCACAGCUCGUCUGUGCGGCCGCCGCUGGACGGGUAGGGAACCGAGUGCAUGCCCACCACGAUGCCCCUGGAACCAGCAACACACACACACACACACACGGUGCUCAUGUGGGAGGACUCUGAAUGCGCGUGUGUGUGCGGCGGUGUGGUGUGUGUAUGGCACCCGCUGAGGUCGUUGUCAGCGAUGGGUGUGAUUUGCACGUCUGUGAGGCUGGUGCUGCGGCACACACCGAUGUGGCCUAGCAAUGAGUGACAGAGGACCACGACAGAUGUACACGUGUAGAUCUUCACCCACAUCAACACACGUACCUGGUUGGCUGAGGCCGAAGACAAGCACGUCCGCACUCGGCACAGACGCCACCGACGUCCUCAGCUGACAGGCAACUGCCCCCCAACGCACAAACACACGACGACACACUCAUGGCGAUGUAUGUCACGGAAUACCAGAUUCCUCCCUCGUCCACUCCACCAACUCCCUCCCUCCCUCCCUCACCGCAGGUGGCGCCGUGUAUCGGAAUUUGCAUGCAGGGCGGCUCUGCCGUCAUGGUGGCGGUGAAUGGUCCAACGAUCCGCGCGGUGCUCCUGGCGUACACAUGGAGGGACGCCGGCAUGAUGCGGUCCUCCGGCUGUGCUGCGGCAGCGGGUGGGGCGGGGGAUACCAUGUCGUCCACACAAAUGCCCACGAUCUCGUCACGAGCUGUGGGGUGGGGGGACCCGACACACAGCCAGAUGGGAGUUAGUUGAGUGUGCCGGUGUGGUGUGGUGUGGUGUGUGCGGGCGGGCGGGCGAACCUGUCCACUGGAAGUCGAUUAUCAGGCCGCCAAAUGAGUACUCCGUCACCUGUCAGUCAGUCAGUCAGUCAGUCAAACCAAGCCAGACAGACAGCCACCGACAGACAGACGGACAUUCACGUGACGUGUUGUGUUGGCUGGUACAUCAAUUGAUGAUGUGUCGUGUGUGUAAGUCCUUCGGCAGGUGGUGUGAGUGAGGAAGGAGUGCGGACGUUGUGUGCGUACGUACCUGUGCUGGAGGGCUCUGGCAGACGUCGAAUACGAUGAUUUCGUGUCCGAUUUGGCAGGCACACAUGCUCUCGUCGUUGCUGAGGCGGAUCUGCGCCGCCUUCUGGCCCUCCGCAUCACCCGCCAGCUGCAAUGCAUCAAACCCAAGGAGGACGCAUGCGCACACACACACGCAUGUAUUGCAUGAGAGCGCGUCUGUCUGUCUGACUGACUGACUGGCGUCAGUCAUGGGUGGUUGUGCCAUGCACAGUACCCACCGGGAAGACUGCAGCUUCGCGGUACUGCUGAAUCGCGGCCGGCUCGGGAACCUCCUGCAUGCCAUGCAGGCCAUGCAGCCACACACCAUACCCAUACACACACCACACCCAUACAUACGUGUGGUGUGUUGGUGUGGCUGGCUUCACUUGACAGGUACGGUAGGUACGCUCUCCCUCUCCCUCCCUAGGACCUUGUGUGUCUGUCUGUGCUGUUUGUUCACCUGUUCCAGGUCCAGCCCUGCCAGCAUGUCACCCACCUUGUACGCACACAAACCUACAUACAGGUGAGCGAGAAUGCAUUCCCCGACACACAACACCAACCAACAGUCGUGCGGUACGUGGAUCUCUCCCUCUCUCUGUGUGUGCCAGCGACGCGGGUACCGCACCAUACCUGAUUGUGAGAGGCAGUAGAGGCGUCCAUGGCGUCGUGAGAGUGCCAGCUUGGGCCCUGCCGGCCCUCUCACGCCACUAGGACUGGCAUCCCCGGUGUCGCCCGUCACAGACACCAACCCCUUGACGACAAUACCUGGUCAUCACAGGUCACACAGAGAGGUCAGGCAGACUUGAUGCUGAUGAUAUUCCCACUUGUAGAGGCGCAUGCACGUACCCUGGAAGAGUGACGGUCCGACAUCUACAGAUGCGACCGAUGCUAUCAUAUUCUCUCUCAGCGCCGCGUAUGGG